AGUUGAAAAGUUGCUUAGAAUUAGCUAUUUUACAACAUGCUAAAAGUUACCAUAAAGCUGAACCACCCUUUUAACCUUAUGAGACAAGACCAUGGCAAAAUUGUGAUGCAACCAGAGGACUGUGUUUAUAUUCUGCAGCUCCCGGUUCAAAUAAUAAUCUGGCACUUAAAGCAAAUGUUGCCCCAUUCCCGUUGAUAAAAGAACAGGUGCUGAAUUCCCUCCUACUAAUUUACCUUUAUUAAUGUGUUUACAGUGAGAAAUGUCAUCUGGGAAGAUCACAGAAGGAUGGGGAAGGGCUACCAACACACACACAUAUAUAUAUACUUUUCUUUACCAAUCUUUAAGGCUUAUACUUUUUCAAUCAUGCCUCCACUGGGGUGGCUGACCAUCUUUUUUGUUCUUGUACCUUCCCUGGCACAAGAAAAGGUUUUACCAAUUGAAGAACAAUGCGGAGCUGUACUUACAGACCCCUUCAAACCUCUGCAGAUAGGACUGGCAGCAGAUAAAGAUUGUACGUGGAACAUUGAAAGGCCAGCCAAUGAAACCACACGGCUAGUUUUCUCAGUCCUCAAUUUGAACCCCAAUGCAGAUUGUUCCCAGGAGAAUGUAACAGUCACUGAUGAGAAUUUGCAAGUACUUGGUGUACUCUGCCCAAAUUCCCCCAAUAUCUCUGUCUUUGAGACAGUUGGUGGCCUAUCCGUACGUGUUUUCACUGACUCCAGUACCAGUGACCGGUAUCUCUAUAUGUUUUAUAAUUCGUUUCCUACAGGAAGUGAACCUGUGUCCUGUGGAGGAGAUAUGCGUGGUAUAUCUGGAACCAUCUCCAGCCCCAAUUAUCCUGGGAGACACCCGGACUUUGCUUUUUGUGUCUGGCACCUGGAUGCACCAAAGAAUACCAAGAUCCAGUUGUCAUUUAGUGAAAUCUUUAUAGAAAUAGACCCGUUGUGCCGGUUUGACUUCAUUGCAGUGUAUGACGGCCCUUCCACUAGUGCUCCCCUACUGGAUCUUCUAUGUGGCCGCACCACAGCAGAGCUUGAAACAUCUUCCAAUUCUGUGACGUUGAUGCUGAGCACAGAUUACGCAAAUUCCUACUUUGGAUUCUCUGCUAAUUAUAAAGCUUUACCAAAAUCCAACACAAGCUCCUUGUCCUGCUCAGGAAAUGAAAUGACAGUGAUCAUUAAUCCUUCAUACCUUGAAAACCUGGGAUAUACGGCAGAUGAACUAACCCUCACCGAUGCAUCUUGCGGACCUUCGUCCAGCAACCCCAUUGCAUUUGUUGUUCCAUACCAGGCUUGUGGGACAGUCAGAAAGGUGGAGGAUCAUACUAUUUCAUACACAAACACUAUUUCGGCAUCUUUAGCCAAAGGACUGAUUACAAGACGGAAGCAGAUUCAGAUCAUUGUGACCUGUGAAUUGGAUGGCAAUACCACUCUGGAGAUAAUGUAUACGACAGAGGAUGAUAUCAUUCAGGAGCAGCGUGACACUGACAGAUUUGAUGUUGGCCUGUCAUUCUUUACUUCUGAGACCUUUGUCACACCAGUGGUGCAAUCUCCCUACUAUGUUGACCUGAACCAGACACUCUUCCUACAAGCCACACUGCAUCUUCCAGACUCACAGCUUACUGUCUUCACUGACUCCUGCUUUGCCUCUUCUGACCCUAAAUUUCAAGCUUCAACAUAUGAUCUCAUCAGACAAGGUUGUGCAAAGGACAAUACCUAUCACACCUUUCCGUCUGGGAUUGGCUUUGCUCGUUUCAGUUUUAAUGCAUUUAAGUUCCUCCGUACGCACAAUUCGGUUUAUCUCAAGUGCCGUGUAGUCAUCUGUGAUUCCGAUGAUGAGGCGUCACGCUGCAACCAGGGCUGUAUUAGCCGACAUCGUAGGGACCUGGGCUCAAGCAAGUGGAAAUCGAAUGCUGUAGUGGGGCCAAUCCGCCUGAGCCAUCACACUCAGGGUGAAAUUUCAGAAUCUAUCAGCGAGAAGGAUGGAUCUAUCGCAGGACACAGCAGUCUCUAUUUAUUUGGAGUCCUUGUUUUGGCGGCCAAUGUGCUCCUACUGUCAUUGGUAGCACUGCGCUAUUCUAGGAAACAACCCGCGGCUUACAGAUACCAUCCUGUGCCUACUCAGUAAGAGCAACUCUGAGCCCUUGGAAACCCAAGUGAAUAUAAAAUCCUCUCUAAAGACACACGGCCUUCAUCUCAGGUGGAAUAUAAUAAAUGACAUUUUACUACAUAAAUAAUAAAUAUGCAAAUAACUUAAGCUGGCAAAGUCAAAGGUUACUUUAUUAUUUCCUUUUUUAAAUGUUAUAUUUGAAAUUAAAAUUUACUGAAAUAA